UCUCUCAACAAAACGUGUUUGACCUUUAACCUUAUUGACUUUUAACAUUAUCGACCCUUGACCUUAGAAAAAUUAAGUAGUGAUUGCGCGUGCGCGAUUUGUAAGCGGGAAAAUUUCAAGAUGGCGGAAAGUCACUCUGCUGAACCGUCAGUCCCUGCAGAUGUAGAUCCGCAGGCCAGCCAGAAUGACAAACAGGAGGAGACGGCGUUAGAGCAGGAACUGGACAACUUAAUCUGCACCACCACCAGGAAGAGGAAGAUUUGCCCCCAGAAGAUAACCAAACAGCUGGCCAAGAAACUCAAGGCCCAGGCUACGGCACUGGAUUACUAUGUCCCAGCGGUGGAAAGUUCCUUAGUCGUACCUGAAGACCACAAUCCAGCAGACGAUCAGAGCCUUGUGGACAGAUGGAGGUACUCAAUGCACACCUUAGGACAGCAAAUCAAGACCAUCCCAACAGUUCUUGAGAAAGCAGAAAGAACUAAGGCAGUACUGCUGGAGCAGCCGGCAGCCGUCACCAAAACUGACAGGGUCCUCUUCAGGCCGCAUAAGGACGAGGCAAAGAUGGCAGCAUCUCUCACACCACUGCGGAACCAGCUGGAUCGGAGCCCCGCCCCCACGCCCUCCCCACGGCCCAACAGAAAACUCCUGCUGGAAGACAAGGUGGCCUCCAGGUCACUCAGGAAAAACACAACCUCUGGCUACAUACUGAGGCCGAAAAACUGAGCCUUCCAACUGACAACAGAUUCAUUAUGUCUAUUGUACAUACCCUAUUACUAAACAACCUGUUGUGCUGUAUCUUUAUGUUAUUUCCAAUUGGUGCAUUUUUUUUACUGUGUAUAAAAAUAUGAAAUUAUUCAUUGAAUAAUACUGGUGGUAGUAGUCUUACCUUAGUCCUUUUUGUGUUUGUUCCUUUCCUAUGUACUGUAUGUGGUUUAACUGUAUCACCAAUUUAAUUCUUCUGUAUUUCUAGCUUGUAUCCACUACUUUUGGCUUACUACACUAAACUGGUACCCAACUCUCCAAGUACAUACAUUGUAAUUUUUAGAGCAGUACAUUGGUGAUAAUAUGUACUUCUCCUAUUUACUAUUUACCUUUUUUUCACAUGUACAUAUACUUCUGUCAACUAGAUAAUUGUAAUUUUCUUGUGGAGCGAAAAAUAGAGUCUGUAUUGUGUAAAGAUUAUGCUUUAGUCAAUUGUAUGGGGAUGCUUUUCUCUCCUUUUAAGUAUAGUAUCUUUACUUAAGCUUUUUCUAAAUUUUAUUUCUAUGAAGUGUCGAGCUACAGCGAUACAUGGCUUUGAGAAAAUUAGAUCUUUCAACUUUUUCUGUCUUCUUAAAUUUUGAAAUACUAGUAGCUGUGUUGAUUUGACAUUGCCGGUACUGUGAAGGGAGAAGACUUACCAUGCCAGUCAAAUUGUUCAGAUAAACUUUUUCAGCUCCAAGAACAUGAAUUGUAUGAUAUUCACACUGAUGAUUGGGUGGAAGAUCCAAAGGUUUUCUGGCAUCUUUGAGAAUCCCGGCUGCCAAGGAAAAACUUGUGUUCUUUCACCAGGUCUGUCUGGAGUUAAGGAAUUCUAUAUCAAGUGGAAUGCUGUUCUGCACAUUUUAAGCAAUGAUUUUGAAGGCAAAAGUGUAUCCUACCAUGUUAAAUUGCUAACAGCUUUCUUCCGUGCCACCUAUCAGGCUGACCUUCCCAUUUACAGAGUGUGUUCUGAUGACAAGUAAAAAUGUCUAACAAUGU